GACCUCGCCGCUUGCACGAUUGCUUUGCCAGCAAUCUGAUCCAGUGAAAGCCAUUGACAACCAAUGGGAAGCAGGAGAGCGGCUUGUUUUCAUGGGAGGCCCCGGGAGGCAAUGCCAAAGCCGCUAGACUGCGCACAGUGAGUGGGGAAAAGCGCCGGCAGAAGCCGGGGAUCGUGGAGCAAUCCACAGCCGCUCUGUGGCACUCCGCACGUGCAGGGGAAAAACGGCGCGAGGUUGUGCUAGGCUGACCUGGACAGAGACAGAUUUGUCAGUUUACGUCACGACGGUGCAUCAGAAUGGACAGCAUUCACGACCAGCAAGUGCCUUACUUUAAUUCCAAAAAACUGAAAAAAACAAGCUGCGAGAGGCCAGCAGCAAGUGACAGAAAGAGAAAAUUCAUUAACCUGGCACUGGACACUGAAGAGCUUUUUCAGGACCUCAGUCAGCUCCAGGAGACCUGGCUGGCAGAAGCUCAAGUUCCCGACAAUGACGAGCAGUUUGUUCCAGACUUCCAGACUGAAAACUUGGCUUUUCAUGGUCUGCAGCUGAAGAUUAAGAAGGAGCUUCACAGCCCAUGUUUAGAGCUGAGUUCCACCUGCAGUCAGGAACGACCCUUCAAGCUCCAGUAUGGAGAGAAGUGUCCGUACAACAUCAGUGCCUACGAGCAGAAGCAACCUGCAGGGAUGAAGCCUGCCAGCCCAGUGACUCCCCCCUGUAGCACCCCCGUCUCCCCUUUGCAUCAUGCCUCCCCCACAGCAGCUCCCACGCCCAAACCAGACCGGACCUACAGCCACAUCCCACCCCCCUCUCAGCCGCUCCCCGACAAUGCCUACUCUAUGGACCACAGAUUUCGUCGUCAGCUCUCAGAGCCAUGCCACUCGUUUCCCUCCCCACCGACGAUGGCUCGGGACGGCAGGCCCAUCUACCACAGGCAGAUGUCCGAGCCCAACAUCCCCUUCCCUCCACAAGGCUUUAAGCAGGAGUACCCCGACCCCCUGUUUGAGCACCCAGCCGUGAUGGGGGCACCACUACCCCACACAUACCCCGCCUCCAUGAUGAUCAAACAGGAGCCAAGGGACUUCACCUACGACUCAGCAGAAGUGCCUAGCUGCCAUUCUGUCUACUUACGGCAAGACGGCUAUCUGGCUCACGCUAACAGGACUGAAGGGUGUAUGUUUGACAAAGUGACGAGGCAUUUCUACGAUGACACCUGUGUGGUGCCUGAAAAGGUUGAAGGCGACAUAAAGCAAGAGACAGGCCUGUACCGCGAGGGCCCGUCGUACCAGCGCAGAGGUUCACUGCAGCUGUGGCAGUUCCUGGUGGCUUUGCUGGACGAUCCGUCCAACUCCCACUUCAUCGCCUGGACCGGUCGUGGUAUGGAAUUCAAACUCAUCGAGCCAGAGGAGGUGGCACGUCGGUGGGGUAUACAGAAGAAUCGACCAGCGAUGAAUUAUGAUAAACUCAGCCGAUCAUUGCGCUACUACUACGAGAAGGGAAUCAUGCAGAAGGUGGCCGGUGAGAGAUAUGUGUACAAGUUUGUCUGCGACCCCGAGGCCUUGUUCUCCAUGGCGUUCCCCGACAAUCAGCGGCCGGUGCUGAAGACGGACAUGGAGCGGCAGAUCAAUGAGGAGGACACGGUGCCGCUGUCGCAUUUUGAUGAAAACAUGGCCUACGUACAAGAAGGGCCCUACUGCCCACCACACCCCUACAGCGAGGGCUACGUUUAUUAACGUCAGCCACUCAUCCCUACACACUCAAAACACUCACCUCUACUUCUUCUACUAUCUGAACCCAAAUCCCCUGCCCCACCCUUCACCCACUACUUUCACUUGAAACUGUCAUGCCCUGUAAUUCAUCACUGCUCCGGGAAUAAGACUGAGACCACACAAACAAACGGAGCUUCCCCCUCUCUCUGUUUCUGUCCGUCACAGACACAUACACAGAUCCUCUUUUUUGCUCUUGUCUUUCUGAAGCCACACAGCAGGAUGGAGAGUGCACUUUAUGGACAGGAAUGGCGCAGUGUUAACCUGCCACGGGCUAGCUAUUCGGUUGACUUUUUACAGUUGUUUAUGUUUGUACAUUAAUGUGGGAAUCAUUCUGGGGCUUUUUUUCUUCUUUCUUUUUUUUGGUUUUUCUUUUCAGUUGAAGCAUGUGGAACCCUGUUGAGACAGGACUCAACAGCUAAUUCGUGGCCACCCAUGAACCACCCCCUUGACUUCUUUUGAUUUCCUGUUAGGGACAAGAAAUAAUUGACCCAUGUGCAGCAGUCAAUGGAUGAUCUAUUUGUUUUUUUGUAAUUUAAUUUGCUUCUUUCCGGAGACAGCCAUCAUGUACUUUUCAUGCUCAUGUAAGUGAAUACUGGCAAUGUAUUGUAAUGAUAACUUUCUGGUGAUGAUUAUAGACUUGAAAAAGUGAUAAUAAAGGAGAUGUUUAGUUGCCAACAGUGAGGGCCUUCUGAAAGCAGCACCUCAGCCCCUCAUCCACAACUGUAGAUCUCAUGAAUUAAAUAGGUGUUUUUUGCUGUAACAACAUAAUCUCCUUUGGAUUGUUCUCUCAGUGAUUGAGAUGGCACACACUCAAAAAUGAAGUAUAAGAUGACCAUUUAUGGAUGAAAAUAUGUUUUCUGGUGAUCAACAAAGCUCCAGGCCACUGUAAAAUAACUCAAAUUUGACUGUAAAAGGCAGUUACCUUCAUAUUAUGAAACACAUCCAAGCAGCAGUCAUUCAUUGCUUAUUCAGUAAAAGUGGAAAAAGUGGAUUUGGAUCAUGUGCGCCCUGAUAAAACCUUCUAUCCCUGACUUGCAUUAAAAUGAAGUUUUAAAUCCAAUGUGAAAUCAAAUAUUUCCUCUGAUUUCUUUUGUACCGGGUGAACAUGUAUAUUUUGCUUCAAACCCAUUGCAUUUCCAUCGAUACAGUUGCUUUUUUGGUCAAAGGUAUAAGAACUAUUAAAGGUUUUAUAAUGUGAUGGAAAAAAAAAAUCAUCUUAUAACAAAAAUAGUGUUCCAUUGUAUAAUAAGGUAAACACACAUUUUGUUGCUGCUUCAAACUUUAAGUGUAUCUUCUAACCUCAAAAAAGACAAAAAAGAGGAAAAAAAGAACGGCAGCAUCUGCUGUUUUGGAUUUUUAUUUCAACUAUUUUUCAUUUCUUCUGUUCGACUGAAGCAUUAAAAGAAUCUGGUCUGUCUCAGUUUUGUUCCUUGAGGUUUACAUGUCUGG